UACAUGUUUCAAUACACAAUUCCCCGUGCAGCGGCAAACAGCUAUCGCUCAAAGCGAGUCGGUCGGGCAGCCGUCAGAGCAGGCACAGGUCCAUAUGUCCCUUCAGGAGAAAGCGGCAGAACAAUCGUGGCAAUGCGAAUUUUACGGUGACGCCGCUGGAAAUCUGUGGAAUCACAUUGUCCGACACUACGGUCCUCACUCACUUUCCUCUGUAUCCUCGAUUUAUGCAAACUACGCAUCAAUCGUCCAAUCUUCGGGAAUGGGGAAAUCAAGGACCGUGGAUGAGCUCGCAAAGACUCACUUUCUCAUCCCUAUCAAUCUCCGUCCUCCAGAAAGCAUAGGCUUCCCUGCCGCAGACGAGGACAUGCGAGAUUUCUUGACGGCGCCGCCGUAUCGGAUGGAAACACAAAAUUCGACCGUCAAAGCCUUUUUCGCGCGUAUAUGCGCAUUCCUUAAAGCGUUGAUGUUCAUCGCAGCGCGCCGCAUCGAGGAACUGGAUGGGCACUUUGAUGAUUACACCGACGAGGGGAUAGCAGCAGCUUUCAGGGGACUUAUGUGCAACGGCCAGACAAUGUCCAGUCACAACGAAUAUCGGAAUACAUUCUAUCGGGAAGUCAUAGACGAGGCUACUAAAAUCUUGAAAGGAGGGGACGACAUGAAUAACAAAUUCAUUACUACCAAGUCUCCCGGUCAUUCGCGCCACGUUAAAGAAUUCGGGCCUUCCGUUGCAUGUGGGCGACUAUUGCAUGCGCUCGAUCGCUCGAGAUCGAGUGGCAAGCAGAAGGAGAAGCCUGCCGCAGUAGGUGGUAGCGGUACAGGAUUCUUAUCCCUAGCGCCGAAGACAGCUGGCGAGUCUGAUCCUAUGAGGAAGAGAAGAGCUAAAAUCGUCGAUCAGAAGCAGACCCCGCGAAUUGUGCUAGCAUUCGACGAGGCAUAAUCACUGCAGGUCUCCGACCAUGAGGGAACUACGAACGAAUGGUCGCGCUUGGAAGAGGUGCGGCGGGCCUUGCGCGGCAUGAACAGCAUGCCGUUGUUCUCGCUCUU